AAAAUAAGGAUGAUUAGAUCUUUGCAUGAAUAACCUGACAAACGUCACAUGAAAAUGCAGACAGAUUUAGACCCACCCCAUCCUCCAUGUAAUCAAACCCCGCACAUGGAAGAGGUAAGGGCUAAGGCCUGCAAGACAUCUGCAACAACCCCUUCUCUCUCUCCAUUUUCCCUCCACAUUAAAAUGCAUAAUAAUAAUAUAGUAUUAUUAAUUCUUUAAUAUUUCUUGCCAACUCUUCCCUCACUAUCAACUCAUUGGCACCCACAUGUAUCUCUCUCUCUCUCUCUCUCUCAUAUACUCUACAUUGCUUGUUUCAAUCUCUGGGUUGUUCUUGUUCCUCUUUUUCUUCUCCAAGCAAAAAACAACAUUGAAACAUUUACCUAUGGAUCUACAAUGAUAACCCGUUUACAGUUCUUGCACUGAUAUUCACUUUCUUGGGAACUGAAAAGAGUUUUGACUUUGACUAGCUGGAUAUGGACUUAUGAUGCACUGAUUGGCCUGUGAAAAAGUAGAAAUUUUGAUUUCACAAUUUGUGUUGUUGAAGAGGAGAGGGGACUACAACCAUGGCUGCCAAGCUUUUACAUUCAUUGAGUGAAGACAACCAAGAUCUGCAAAAGCAAAUUGGAUGUAUGACAGGGAUCUUGCAACUAUUUGAUCGCCAAAGUAUGCUUAACAGUAGGCGCCUUAUCGGCAACAGCCCCAAAAGACUCACUUCUGGCAGCUCUCACAUUGGCAGUGGCACUUCUGAAAAAGAGUAUACUAACACAUACCAAAGAUCACCAGCUAUGGAAAGCCACACAAACAAGACCGUACAAGAUAAACAAAGAUUGUCUACAGAAUCGUCAAGACCAUCAUUCUCAUCUUCUUCCCGUUCAUCUUCUUUUUCUUCUCUUGAUUGUAAUAAAACAAGUCAACAAGAGCCCUUAGCUUUUGAUCGAUUAAGUUUGCCUGAAACUCCUUCAAGAGAACCAGCUGCAGGCCAACCAAAUGCAUCACCACAAUUUGGUCGGCAAUCUCUUGACAUUCGAGAUGUGGUUAAGGACUCUAUGAAUAGAGAAGCUCAGAGGUUCUCGAUGAAAGAAGAGGUGAUAGAACCAAUGUCGAAGCCAGGGGACUCCCCAAGGCCAGCUGAUCUUAAGGAAUCUCUCAGAGUUCUUGCGAAACUUCGGGAAGCACCUUGGUACUCAAGCGAACAUAGGGAACUUACGAGAUCAUUAUCAUAUCAUUCAAAGGAUACUUCUUCAUUGUCAGUCUCAAAAGAUGCUCCGCGGUUCUCAUAUGAUGGGAGGGAAACAAAUCAUGUACCCUUUGAAUCGCGAGACAUUUCCAAUUCCAAAUCCACUCUAAAGCUUAAAGAGCUACCAAGACUUUCCUUGGACAGUAGAGUUAGUCCAGUACGAAGCUUGAACUCAGAACCAAAAUCUAUCUUCUCCUCAAAAUCUAUGCAGAAGGAUAGUGGUAAUAACAAUGCAAAGUCACCAACUCUGCUGCAAACAUCCGGAUCUCAGGCUCGUCCUCCUAGUGUUGUGGCAAAGCUAAUGGGUCUUGAAACACUAUCUGAUGGCAUGUCAUCAACUGAUAGCAAGACGGUUGAAGAACCUGUUUCAUUUCCAAGGUCCUCAGAAGUAUCUGAUCCGUGCAAACCUAUCCGAACUUCAAAUUCCUCUAAGAACCUCUGGAAAGAACCUACUUCUCCUCGGUGGAGAAACCCUGAUAUGGCUAUGAAACCUAUCUCCAGGGUUUCCAUUGAACCAGCACCGUGGAAGCAGCCUGAUAGGACUCGAGUGUAUGAGAAACCUAUAUCCAGGACAACAAAAGCUCCAGUAAAGCCUGCCCACCCCUUUCCUUCUGUUUACAGUGAGAUAGAAAAGAGAUGGAAGGAUCUAGAAUUCACCCAUUCAGGCAAGGAUCUAAGAGCUCUUAAACAGAUAUUGGAAGCAAUGCAGGCAAAGGGCUUCCUAGAGACAGAAAAAGAGGAGCAGGGUUCAAAUUUUACUGGUCAGAAAGAGAAGUUUGGAAGUCCUGCACAGAGUGCAAAACUGGCAAACCAGAAAAUGAGGCAGAGUGAUCAAGUAACAAAGAGGGGGCUAAAUUCUUCAAAGAAUUUUGAAUCCCCAAUAGUGAUUAUGAAGCCAGCAAAAUUAGUGGAAAAAUCUAAUAUUCCUUCUUCUUCGAUGAUUCCACUUGAUGGCUUACCCACUUUCCCCAAACUUCAUGGUGGUGACUCUGUCGGUAGAAAGGGUAAUGCUACGAGCAGAGCUGCUAAAGAACAUCAGCCUAGAACUAGUUAUGGAAGCAGUCCAGUGAAUCCCAAUGAAGCAAGAAGAACUUCAAAACCUCCGCAAAUAUCAACAAGGUCCCAACAACAGCUUCCUAGAGAGAGCACCUCAGGCUCAAUAAAGAGCUCAGGAUCCAUCAGCCCAAGAUUGCAACAGAAUAAACUGGAGCUAGAGAAAAGAUCUCGGCCACCCACACCUCCAUCUGAUUCCAACAGAUCGAGGAGGCAGUCAAACAAGCAACAUACAGAGGCAAGUUCCCCAGGUGGAAGACGAAGGCCAAGAAUUUCAAACAUCCAGCAUCAUGAUAACCCCGUGAGUCAAAUUUCUGGUCAAUCCAAUGGGAAUGUGGUAGCAGAAUCAAAAGUAGAUUCUGAAGUCACUAGUUUCGAGCGCUCUCUUGAGGUGACAAGCAGUCAAAGUUCAUCUAUUGAUACAUCCAAUUACCUGAGAUGUGACUUGGUAGAGAAGAAAUCAACUCUGCUGCUGUCUGAGGAUGAACCUGCCCCAGAGUAUCCAAGUCCGGUGUCGGUUCUUGAUAAUGCUGUAUAUACAGAUGAAUCACCCUCUCCUGUGAAGCAUACUCCAAAAGUCAUGAAAGAUGAAAGCUGCAAAAUUGCUGAUAAAUUUUCCAGUCCGCCACAGUGUGAUGCCACCAAUUCUGGUCUCUCAUCAGAAAUUAAUAGAAAGAAGUUCCAAAACAUUGAGAAUUUAGUUGAGAAGCUGAGGAGAUUGAACUCCAACCAUGAUGAGGCUCGCACGGAUUAUAUUGCGUCUCUCUGUGAGAACACAAACCCUGACCAUAGAUACAUUUCAGAGAUCUUAUUGGCUUCCGGACUCCUUCUCAGGGAUCUCGGCUCAAGCCUAACAAGUUUUCAGUUCCAUCCAUCAGGUCAUCCAAUUAACCCUGAGCUGUUCCUAGUAUUGGAACAAACCAAGGCAAGCACUUUACUUAAGGAGGAAUUCUGCAAUGAUAAGAUGAGGCAGUCGAAGCCGAAGGAAAAGAUACGUAGGAAACUCAUCUUUGAUGUUGUUAACGAGAGUCUUGCUGGAAAAUUGGUGUUAGUGGGACCUUCUUACGAGCCAUGGUUGAGUUCGCAGAAGCUAGCUAAGAGCAACCUGAAUGCUCAAAGGCUUUUGAGGGAUUUGUGCUCAGAGAUAGAACAGCUUCAAGCUAAACCAUUAAAAUGCAGCUGGGAGGAUGAGGAAGAUGAGUGGAAAAACAUACUGCUGGAUGACGUGAUGCAUCGUUCUGAGAGUUGGACGGUUUUCACAGGGGAGAUAUCGAGUGUAGUCCUGGACGUGGAGCGGAUGGUCUUUAAAGAUUUAGUUGAUGAGAUAGUGAGAGGUGAUGGUUCUGGUUUGAGAGUAAAACCAACUAGGCGUAGACAGCUCUUUGCAAAGUAGUUUUUAUUCUUGACUUCUCUUUGUUUUCCUUUUCACCUAAUUAUAUUGAGUAGUAAAAUAAUUCAGGAAUACUCAUUUGUGUCUUUGAUCUGUUGUAAAGGAACAAUUUCCACUUAAUUGUAUUACCAACAUACCUAGUGAAGACUACUAGUCCAGAAAA